GCUAAGGGUCUCAGAGCUUCUGCUUCCCACCACCAGUCUGGGCAGAGAGCAACCUUGACCUCCCCUUCAGGCAGCCAAAUACCAGGGCCAGCUCUGAAUUCCUCAGCUCCUUGCUCCUACCUGCCUGGGAAGCUGCAUCUGUUGGAUUCCUCUUUUAUGCAAAUGGGUGGGUGGGACUCUGCAAUGACUCUCCUGGCUUUUCCCUUAGAUUGAAGGAGGAUUCCUUUGGGAUGGACAAGACACCCCUUCACCCAGGAUUGGGACCUAGAAUCCUUUGACUCUGGGGUAGAGGCUGGCCCCUCAACGAGACUUCCAGCUUGCUUCAUCCAUCCAUCAGAAGGGGGUCCAUGGAGCUCCAUCCAUCUUCCUUGGCCCUCCCAGCUGAAGGCUGGGGGAUGGAGGGUGGGGGCCACCUGGCCAAAUCUAAAGCCAGCAUCCCAGGACAUUGUCAUAUUGCUCAGAAGUUGUUGGAGGCUCUCAAAAGCAAGUCCCCUCCAGACAAGAAGCUGCAGGAGUUGCAGCAGCGGAUACUGGAGCAGCAACGGCGGUGUCUUGUCCAUGCCCUGGGAGGGGGGAGUGCCCCCACUCCGGGCACAAGGACUCUCAAGAGGAAGGUUGGCAAGGCGGCUGCCCACAUUGUUGACACUCCAGAUCCAGCUUCUGAAGGCCGCAGAGGAACGUCAGGAAAGGAGAAGAGGCGCAAAUCGCACAUGAUUCCUCCCCCUGAGAUGUCUCAGAAAGAGAGAGGAGCCCAUUUAUUUGGUCCUUCUGCCUGGAGGGAAGGCCAGAAGCUGGCCAGGAGGAUCCUGGGCCAACCCCAGAAAUUCCCAAGGCCAGGGAACAGCAGCUCUCUAUGCAUGGCAGCAAAGGGCACCCCAGGACUGGAAAAAGGUUUGUUGACCAUGUCCCAGGUAGAACAAAGCUCUUUAGGAAGGAGAGGUGGCACCCACCGCAAAGAUCAUGCCGUGGAGAGAGGAACAGCGGAAGCUGGAGAAGCAGAUGGUGCUGCAGGAUUGAACAAAAUCUGCCAAGGCUGCAGGAACCAGGAAUAUCCAGAUCUAGAAAGGGAGGCAGGAAAUCUGCAAAGGCAAACUGGAAGCAAAGGUAAAGCAGGUUGCUCCAAUGGGAUGGAAACCAAGGAUUCCCCCAAGGUCCACAGUGCAUCUGCAGACACUGGGUGGGUGUGCCCCAGAAUACUCUCGGCCAUCCGCAAGGGGAGGGUGAAGGAGACCUCCCAAAUGGAGAACCAGCCCAGGCUGGAUGGACAGAGGAAGAGGAUCCCCUACAAUAUUGAUGAGGUACGGGAAUUUAUGGUGCAGAAGAUGGCAGAAAGGAGAAAGGUGGCCCGGGAAGAAAAGCGAGCUUUAAGAGAGGCGCAGGAGGCAAGGAAGAGGAGGCUAAAAGAGGUGGAGAGGAAGCAGAAGGAAGCCUUCAGCAGAAGCAGGAGGAGACAGUCUUACACAGAGGAGGAAGUGGGCGGGAAGUUCAAACAGGGAAGCACAUCCACGAAGUAUGCCAAGCGUCACUGGAGCCCGGAACCGGAAGUCUUGCACUGGGUCCGCCAAACAUCACGUGCUCUUCUGAGGGGUGAGGUGGGGUUUCCCAGUGAGGAGUAUCCAGAGGCGUCCAAGACAGCAGAAGUGACCGGAAGCUCAGAUUUGUUUCGCACUAGUGUUAGUCACAGCCCUCUAAGGCUGAGGGACCUGGACAUUGCCCCAGCGGAAUUGUCCAGACUUUCUCCCCACAGAAGCAAACAAGAGAAAGUCAGAGCCAUUGGCCUUCUCGCCAGGAGCCUCAGUGAACGGCUGGAAAAUGAGACAAAAAGGCUGAGGGCCAGAAACAGGCCACUUGAAUCUUCAGGGGACCAAGGGUGGCCAACGGGACCCCCAUCUCUCUCAGAGGGACCUUCUGCCACCUCAAAGCCUGAGGCUCCACCUGCAGCAUGUGAAAAUGCCUUUUGGGAGCCCAACUAUUUCCGUAGUCCAUCACUGCAUGCUCAGGAGAACUCUCUCCUUCCAGAAGGAGCAGCAGCAACCCAGGCUGCCAUGGAGAGGAUCUGGGCCUUCUUGUCCAUUGCCAGAGUUCAUGGUGAGGGACCGCAGAGGGAUCUUUCUUCUGAGGCGGAAGAGCAACAUGCAGCCAGUGCAAAAAACAUCAAGGAAAGGUGGAAAGGUUUUCUUGCAAGUAGGGGACCUCAAAGAGGACCCUCCCCCGAGAUGCCAGGUGCCUCACCUGCCACACCACAUCUGCAGUUCCUCACCCGAAGGCCACAAACCAGCCCUUUGAUGGAAACCUGCAUAGCCACCCACCAGAAUUUCAGGAUGGAAGACCCCAGGGAGAAGCCCUAUCAUGGGAAGAUUCAGGGGCUCCAGCCUAAGGCAUCUGCUGGCAGCCUUCCCCCCCAGGGGCACCAGGUCUCUGGCCUAAGGUCCCCUCCCACCAACCAGCUCCUUGGCGAAACCAUCCCUGCAAAAGAAUCUGGCGAAAUGAGUGAGACAACGGAUCCCACCAGCCAGGAUGCUGGAGAACCAGCCUGUUUUGAAAGAGCUCUUGUGCUGGGGAAGGAGGAGGAGGAGGAAGGGGGCAAGAAGGAGACCUCCAGUCCAGGGUCCUUCAGUGUAGCAUCUUCAGGGAGUGCAGGAGGCAGAAGCAGCCAACGACGACUCCAGGAUGAGGCUUACAACACCCUUGGCACUAAGUGUGGGAAAGUGUUAUCACACAGGGAUCAAGUGAUGGCAGCAGCAUCCCCUGGCUGGAAGCCACAGCUGGGGUGUCAAGAGGCUGAGCAUCUGAAUUCUUCCAGGGAAGGAUCUGUAGGUCCCAUCCUAGAGCCUGGUGGCUUGGAGAUCACAGAUCAUGUGGAAAAUGAGGAAGAGCAUUGCAGGGAGAACGUUUGCCUGACAGAGAAUCCCAAAGAAGAUAACAAUCCUUGUAGUUCCGCCUCCGACAGGAGUCCAGGGAGUUUGUCUUCUGCAACAUGCUCUGCCAAAUCAUUUGGCUUUUCUCAAAUGCUGGAGAGUCCCAGGUCUGGUUCUGAAUUUCUAAAGGCCCGUGCGGUUCUUGUCAAUAUCUCCAGAAGCUCCCUUUCUGCCUCUGAUUUCGAAGAGGAAGAUUCCUCUCAAGACACGGAUGUGAGCCUGCCAGAGGAAUUUGCCUUCCAGGAACAGCCCCCUGACAGUUGUAGUGGCAACAGGAUUCCUACAAUCGCUGCUGUGUCACAGGCAGAAACUGGUGUGGAUGGAGAGUUGCUGUCAUCUGGCAGCAGACACCACUUCCGAGCUGCUUCUUGGAGUGCCCAUUCAAAUCAAGAUGGCAUGCCACCUAUGCGCAGCCAGGAAAAGGCCCCAGAAGGCAGGCCAGAGAGUGAAUCUGAUUCUGUGGUAUUAUCAAACAGUGGAGGGCCAAGACCCCUUCUCUUUCAAGCCCAGACACCAGAGACCAGAGAAGACACAAACCCUUCCAGAGUUUCAGACCGGUGGCCUCAUGCAAACAGCAAGGGCAAGAUGUUGUUUCAUAUAUGGGCUGGGGCAGAGAAGAGCACUUCCUCACCUAGCUGGGCCUUUCAGCAUCCUGAGGGUCAGGACCCUUUAUCAACCCUCAGCAAAGCCGAAGGGGAUGAUGAAGAUCGAAACACAUCCAAAUUUAAAAGCCAACACGAGCCUGUAAUAGAAGCACCUAAAGUGUCUUUGAAAAGUGUGAAUCCUAUCACUGACCAGCUCCAGGAUUCACUUGGUUCCUCCAAAUCCCAGUCCAUUUUGGAGAGUGCCACAAGUUAUACAGAAAAUUCAGGUGAUGAAAGUUGCUCCAGCAACAGCAGGCUGUGUGAGGGUGCUACUGAACAGAUCACUGGAGCAUCGCUGGGCGAUGAAGAGGAUAGCACCUGUUUGCAUUCCCCUGAAACCACAGAUAUGGCAGCAGAAGGAAAUCAAAAUGCAACACAUAGUCAAAGCAAAAAGGAAUCUGGGGUGGCAGUGCCUGGUUCUAGUUCCCCCAAACCUGUGGAGGAACCCCAAGUUGAGAGCUGCCUUUUGCAAAGCGACGAAGGGACGUUCAGCGAUGAGCUUCUGUCUCAAAUGAAGGAAGAUCUGUUAUCACCUGUUGACGAUUUUCUGACAUAUGGAAGCAAUGAUAUGCCAUCUCUGACCGAACAAGAUGUCUCCUUUUCCUCCCAAAGCGAGGAUCUUCCCGCACCCCCUGAGUCUCCACCAGAGCAACUUCUGUUCCCUACAUGAAAUACCUCCAUGGAAACAAAUGACCUGUCCUCAUCUGAAGUGUGUAGGCCAGAGGAGGUUCAUAGAAUCAUAGAACUGUAGAGUUGGAAGGGAUCCCAAAGGGCCACCUGAUCUGAUUCCUGAAAUACAGGAAUCACAGCUAAAGAACCGUACAGCAUCUACAGUUGCAAAGGCGGGCAGGGGGAGAAUAUCAUUAAGUGGUCCAUCAAGACCCUUAGCAAUUUUCAAGUGCUUUGUUGGUGUGGGGAAAAGUUUGACCCAUGUGUUUUUCUUUCUUUUUUUAAGGAAUGGCAUAAUCAAAAGCCAGGGUGGCAUUUUAGGGGGGCGAUUUAUAGUUUAAAAAAUUAACGAAGAGGAUAUAAAGGACCCAUCUCGAGCAAGUGGUGCAAUUGGAGAGCGGCCCUUUAGAACAGAUUAAUCAGGUAGCUGAGCCAGGGAAGGAGUUAGCUAUAAAAUAACGGAUUGGAGAGUCAAAAUGGGGCUUGCGGAACACGGGAGACAUAUUAAACUCCCUUUACCAUUAUGUGCCCAGCACUCUCCAGGCUGACAGCCAGAUAUAUCGUUACCAGCGAGGCCUCCGUCUCGUGAUUCUCCUUCUUUCAAGGUCUAAUAUUUUCUUUGCCGUGCCUUUGAUCAAUAUUAACCUCUUGGGUCAAUAAAUCUUAGUAGCGGCCUCCAGAGGAGUCAUUAGCUUUCAUAGGAAAUGAUUAUUUCUCCGUUAAACUCUGCAUUUCAUUUGCCCACCAUCCAUCUUUUUCAGACACUGACGCACGCAGCAAUCCUUCCUGAAAACAAGGGCCUCUAUGAGGUAUAAACGGCGUCCUGUUCUCCAUCCCUUGAAAUGCUUUGGGUUCAUUUAAAUUCUGUUCAGGGACCACAAAGUGGUUUCCUGCACUGAGAACAGUUUUAAAAAGAAGCAGCGGCUCACAUGGAAGCAGAGAAGUCUCUUGGUUAAAACGUGAAAUGAAAAAGGCUUCCACACCAGCCAUUUGAGUCAGGAUUCCCUCAAGGAAUCCUGGGAACUGUAGUUUAAGGGUGCUGAGAAUUGUUGGGAGGCCCCUAUU